AUGACACUUGAUGAAACAACCCCUAAUGAGGGAACCUCCCUCCUGAGCAGCAAUGCGACUGAUGAAGUUGCUGAAGACUCGAUCCAUCGAUUGGGGUACUUGACGCAGAGCUCCCGCACUGGUGAUGCCGGAGACUUUUCCAGAGAAUCCCACAGCGUCGCCGACAUGGUGCGAACGACCCACAACGAUCCAGAUGUGCGAGAAGUUGCCGAGGACAUGUCCAAGCUGGUGGGAUCCACCCAAAUUCUAUACAACGAAAUGGAAAAGGUGACUUCCGAGAAGGUCAACGCCUCACUGCGCAAGACGGCAGAUCUGAACAAGUCGGAAGGAGCGAAACCUCAAUCCUACGCAUCGACCAUGUAUCAACACAGGAGUCAAUCGGCAGUCAACUUUUUGGAAAAGGUCAAGCAUAGCUUUUUCGAGGAUGCUAAAUCAUUGGCAAUUGGAACCAUUCCUCAGAGUAUUGUCGUUGCCGUUGUUGUUGGAAUUGUGUGCGGUAUCGCCUGUUGGGCAUACUACACGGUGCUCUUCUUUUUCAUGGGAUUGCUUUGGGAAACCCUUCCCGAAAAGUUGAUUGGCGGUUGGUCGACAGGCCAGUGGAUCUGGAUCCCACUGGUGUCGGGUAUCAUGUGCGUCUGCGUAGGAUUGACAGUGGUGUACAUGGGGGAACCAGGAGAUUUGCCAUAUACAGUGGGUCGGGUGCAUCACUUUGCGUACAUUCCAAUGGAUCACGUCUUGCCCAUGGUGUUUGCCUCUCUAUUUUCCAUCUUGGCGGGAGGAUCGCUUGGUCCUGAAGCGCCAUUGGUCGCAAUUUGUGGUGCCAUCGGUGGAUUCAUCUCACGCAAGCUCUUUCGACAAAAUCAUAUUGAUGUGGUGAGGAAGCACACUUUGAUGGGAAUGGCUGGUGCCUUGGCUGCCUUUUUCGGAGCCCCCUUGGGCGGAAGUAUCUUUGCACUAGAGGUCUGCUCCCGGUUUGGAGUGGAAUACUUUGAGCAUUUGGUGGAAGCCAUCUUUUGUGGCGAAAUCUGUUUGGUGGUGUUUCGUGGGAUGUCGGGUUUGACCAUUGAGCCAAUUUGGGAUUUCACAUCGGAAGAAUACCCAAGGAUGAUGGAAUCCCAACCAACUUUGGUACUCUAUGGUGCCUUGAUUGGUUUGUUUGGGGCCUUUGCAGCUUAUGUCUUCGCUCUCUUCCACUGGAAGGUUAUGGGGUUAUUUUCUCGAAACGGGUUGAUGGACAAUAAAAAAGCGGUCCAAAGGGCAAUGUAUGGGGGAAUUCUCAUCAUUCUCUGUGGUCUCAUCUACCCACAGACCAUGUUCUGGGGAGAAGCAGAAAUCGAUGUGGUAGGAAAUAUGGAUCUAGCAUCCAAGCUACCCAACAUUUACCCUACUGCUGGUUUGAUUGGAUUCGAAAUGGACACACAAUUCAAGGCCUUCCAGGUUGGUUUGGCCAAAUUUGUCGCCAUUAGUUUCACAGUUGCUGGUGGAUUGCGUGGAGGUUUCAUUUUCCCACUCAUGUGUGCCGGGGCUGCCUUUGGGCGCGCCUUGCAUCCGUUCUUGCCCGAGAGCGUUCCAUUGCAAGUUUCAAUUCUGUGUAUGGCAGCCGGAAUCAAUGUUGCUAUCACCAGAACGGCCUUGGCGUCAACACUGAUCUUGGCGUUCCUACCAGCAGAACCAUUUUGCAUCCCAGCAAUCCUCAUGGCAUCGCUUUGUAGUUUGUUUGCAACGGCAUACCUCCCAUUCAUCAAGACACAAAUCACUCGAGCCGACAUUGAUCACUCUUUGUUUCAUGGGAAGCACAUUAUCGAUGCGGAAAAGAAAUUGGACGACGACGAUCAUUAG